UGUGAGUUAUUGUUUGUGGCUAGGGCUUGCCGCAAAGCUUAGUACAACUUAGGCAUUGAGGACAUACAGACAUACAGCACACAAGUGGAUUCUAAGAUUUUUUUAUAUAUAGUUCAAAAUGAAGUGUUUCGUGUUUUUGAUAGUGCUCGCCGUUUUUAAUGGGUGUAUUUGUAAAAUUAAUAAACAUAAAGGAAUCCACAAAGAUACUUCAAUAAAAUAUCUAACAAAACAAACAGACAUCACGAUUCCAAUAAUGAUGCAUUUAGAUAAAGCUUUAACGAAAAUAAUAUCUCCCGACAAGAAAAUGAGAAUCAGAGAAAAAUUCAAACUACUAGCAAAAGACAUUUUGAAAGACGUAGAAGAUUACUUCAGUCGUCCAAAUUUACAACAGAAGAUAAAAUUCGAACUUCUAGAUGUUAAGAUAAUUAAGAAUACGACAGAAAAGGUGAGGAUGAACGAGAAUGUGUCGAAGUAUUUGAGGAGUUACUGCCAGUGGCAGGGGCAGAAGAAGACGGCGAAACAGAUGUGGUUCUACUCUGUUCUUUUCACGGGGUUAGACCUGUUCUACUUGGAUAACGAAGGUGCUGAAGUCAGGAGUAGUACAGGUCGAGGAUACAUGCGAGGGAUGUGCAGCAACAAGAACAGCUGUACACUUCUGGAAUGGCAUCCUGAAAACAUAGCAUACAUACUGACACAUGAAAUAGCACACAGCCUCGGCAUUUCACACGACGGCCCCCCUCACAACGAGUGCCGCGGACAGAGAUACAUUAUGGAUGCAAAAUAUAACCCAAGGAAUCCUGCCAAAAUAUGGUCUACCUGCAACAGGCGAGAACUUAAUCAGUACCUGAAGAGCGAUCGUUCAUGGUGUUUAAAGAAAGAUCCAAAUGCAGUAAAUAUCAAUAAAUAAAUUAAAUAACGUUUUGUUGUCGAAAUUGGUGGAGGCUCCUGACAAAAUACUACGAGCAAGAUCUGUGAUAGUGUAAGUGCUAUUCAAAACUGACAGGCGCUGUGAACAUUUUUAUUUAUGAUAGCUGUACGAGGCUACG